AUGGCGUACUGGGCUACGCAUUUCCAUAGGAGUGAUGGUGAUGAGGCCUCCCUCAAACACAUGCAAAGCAUGCGGAAUGACAUUAUCGAGAUGCAAUCGGUUGUGGGGAACGAAGACACCGAAAACACCUUGGUUCAUGAUGUGGAGAAACUGAAAGAGGAGAAAGCCGAUGAGAGCAAAGUGGAAGAUGUGGAAAACAGAUCUACGCGCUACACAGAUCAAGCCAUAGCAACUGAUGAGCUGCACGUUAGAACAGACGGAUCCGUGUCCAUGGAUGCUAACCUCGACAUGAACGAACAUUCAAUCUGUAAUUUGGCGUACGACGAUAGCUCUUUGACAUGUGCUGUCCCUGCCGGUUGGGUCAAGAAUGAAAUCCGUCAAUCCUCAUCGAGAUUGCAACACGACAUCGACGCUGUGCGCAAGAUGAAAGGUCCUCGUGGUGAUCGGGGAUUGGGAUGGCUUAGUGGAGGUGGCAUGCCGCUGAACUCUGUAGGGAGAAAUGGUGACUUCUACCUCGAUGCAGCCACGCUGAUCGUGUACAAGAAAUUCAGCUCGAAAUGGAUGGCUUUCGGUCGGCUUCGUGGACCAAGAGGUGAAGCUGGUCCACGUGGGGAACGUGGAUUGAUCGGUCCUGAAGGUGAGACUGGACCUAGAGGAGGCGAUGGACAAGGUGGUGAACGCGGUCAAAAAGGCGAUCAAGGAAUACCUGGUCCAGAAGGUCCCAGAGGUAAAGUUGGACCACGUGGAGAACGUGGAUUAGUUGGUCCUGAAGAUUUGAAUCCGUCGCCAGGGUGA